AUGGAAAUCCCUCAAGGAGGAAAUAGAUAUCUUGUAAAAUGUAAAUAUUGUUUGAACGAGUUUAGUGGCAAGCCUGAAAGGCUUCAACAUUAUGUAAAUCAGUGUAGUGAUUGGCCUACUUCAGAAAAGAUGGUUUACUUUCGUAAAAUUUCUGAAGAAAGUCCUGCAACUCGUAAGCGUGUUCAUGAUGAAAAUAAUAAUACUUUUACUUCUAAUGAACAUGAAAGUACAUAA